AUGGUCCCGAAUGAUGUCUUUCCGACACUGCAUACAACCACCAGACUCAUCGUCGACUCCGAAGGUACGAAUCACCAGGAAACGUGUCGUUCUCACCUGACUCGCUUCUAGACGACACGGUGUAUGACGUGCAGUUCUACCCGUAUGGCGCAGUUGACGACGAUCAAAUAUUCGCAGUCGUGUCUGGGAUCAACGUAAGUAUUGCGCCAUAAGCGGCCUCGCCCCGAGUCGGCUUGGCUGAGCUAAGCUAAACCCCGUCAGAUAAUCGUUUGUCGGCCGAAGCUGGAACUGGAACAGGGCUUUGAAAUCCUCACGUGGCUUAAGGAUCAAGAAGUAAGGCAUCCUCCACCUUGUGUAAUCAUCUCGCUUAUGAUGAAGUCUAGUCAUCACCACGGCCCAUCUUCAACAGCUUGGUCUGGGCGAGGCACCCCGUGACGAAGAAACCGUUGGUAUGUGUAGCAGGCCACAUACCUAAGCAUAUCAAAAUUCUGGAUGUCGAAAGCGGGGAGCCCUUCGGCACGCUAUCAGGCCAUGGCAAAGGCAUCAACGACCUCGCUGUAUCCCCGCUGUCUACCAGCCUCCUUGCAUCAUGCGCAGAAGAUAGCACCAUUCGUCUGUGGAACCUAGAGCCCGAGUUUCAACAACAGCCUUGUGUGGCUGUUCUUGCCGGUGAGGGCCACAAACAGCCUCUUCUGGCUAUUCACUUCCAUCCCAACGGGAAAUGGCUCUUGUCUGGCGGAAUCGAUACAGCGGUCUGCCUGUGGGCGGUGCCAGGGCUUGAUGAGUUCCACCGAUCUCCAGAGGCGGAAAACCAGGAGCCGAUGAUAAUCUAUUAUCCUUCCUUCUACUCCAAGGAGCUGCACUCGAAUUAUGUUGACAGUCUGGCAUUCUACGGUGAUCUCAUCAUCUCAAAAUCCGCUAGAGAUCAGGUUGGCGAAGGAAAGGACAAGAACGAGAUCCUCAUAUGGAAGAUAGACGGCUUCGACUCAAGCCAGCCUCGGCCUUCAGAGCCUGCCAUACCCGUUCCUGGCGUUUCAACGCGCUCUGCUUUCGAACACGACCCUCGAUUUCGCGGAUUCCAGCGCCUCUUGACGUUGUCGCUCACGCACUGUGACCGCUUCUACCAUCGUUUUGGACUCCUUCACGCUCCCGGUACGAGACCCAUUCUCGCAUUCGGCAAUCAACAGGGUCUUUUCACUUUCUGGGAUCUUCAACGAUUUGACGAGGGUCUCCCCUGGCAAGAGUCGCCCGCAAAGAAUUCCAAAGCUGCUCGCAAGACGCCUGCACCAACGGAAGAUGCGCCGAUUGAUCCUGAAGAGCUGCAUCGCAGCGAUGAUGAUCAGGAGGAAGCUGAAACAAAUUGCAAGCUGCCUGUUCUCAGAUUUCUGAAUCUGCACACCUGCUAACGCACCGACAGUGAGCCCUUCUGGCGCAGACACUGAGCCGGAAUACCCGCUUGGUGACCGGUACCAGCCGCUCGAGCCUCACCACAAGCGUCUUGCUGAAACCAAGUUCCACGAUCAGAAGGAGCAGGCCACUUCUCAAAUCGCCUGGAGCCCGGAUGGGACGUGGAUGGUCGGGGUUGGAGAUUGGGGUAUGGUGACCAUCUGGCACCGAGACAAGGCAGUCAUCGGAUCAGAAAGCACCACCCUUAAGAAUGUUCCAGGGUGA